UGUAGAACUCCAGCAGAAACCCUCCAGUAAAGAUCAAUGUCCUGGAGAGAUGCCAGAGGAGCUGGAGUCAGGAGCCAUCUAUCACUGCCAUCGCGACUCCAAGGCCACGGACAGGAGGGCCAACGAGCAAAACCGCGCCAAGUGGAAGCUCUGCGCAGCCUCCGCGGUGUGCUUCGUGUUCAUGGUCGCGGAGGUCGUGGGUGGGCAUAUUGCUGGGAGUCUUGCUGUUGUCACAGAUGCUGCCCACCUCUUAAUUGACCUGACAAGUUUCCUGCUCAGUCUCUUCUCCUUGUGGCUGUCUUCAAAGCGCCCUUCCAAGCAGCUGACCUUUGGAUGGCACCGAGCAG